AGUAGGCGAACAAAAUUAGUUACCUCUAUAUUGGUACACAUACUUCUGGAGCGCCCAAUUUUCUAUGAAUCUUUGAAAAGUAUCUUAUAAAUACAUUGCAUCACCAGGGAUUCACUGCAUGUAAAUUCACAUAGACACUUUAUUUAUAAUUUUCAUGUUGUAAUUCUCAGUAAGAAGAAUUCUUCUUUUUGCUCAUAGUUACCGUACUUAUUUACUGUUAUAAAACACGCUGUCAUUGAUUGUCCAUGAAAAAGCAAUAUGUGAGUGUAAAAUAUUUAUUCCAAGCUGUAUUGCAAUUAUUUCUCGAAUUUUAUAAUCUGAAAGAGGUGUUCAUACUUGAGUGUCGAAGUCACUGUCACUGUAUGAUUAUAAUAUAGGAUUAGGGUCAUCUCUGCCUGGAUCUAUUUUUCAUAUUUUUUAAGAAAGUCACCACCACAGACUAUUUCGAAACAGACUAUGUAUUAUAAAAGCAUUUAAUAACUUAAAAUAUAUCUACAUAUUGUGCAAUUACCGUAGUUAUUGCAGCCUGCGAUUCUACUUUUUUAAACAUUGUUAAAUAGGUGAGAAAGAUCUUGUACCGGGUGCUUCAUUUGUAGAAUUAUAAUUCAUGAGGGGGUGACUAGUUGAAGAUGUCAUUAAAUAAAACUUACUUGAUUUUUUUGUCCAAUCUCUUUGUGUAUGUAUUACUUACCAUAUUCAUUUUGUUUUCAUUUAUUUAUAUUUAAUUAUAGCGAACACAUUUUAUUCAAUGAAUACUGCCUUCGAUAUGGAAUAGAGUUUUAUAUUUAUCUUGCCUAUGUCUUCUAUUUUCAGUAUCUGAAUAGUAAUUCACUUAUAAUUAAAAAGCAGUGUUGUCAAAUACCAUUCAGUGUAACAAUGAAUGAAGACGUCCAAGAUCUAUUUGAAAAUGAGGAUAAUACGAAUGGGGAUUUGGAUGUUGGAGAGACUUAUGCUAUCACAAUGGAUGGAGAAUCUCAAGGUAUUGGAGAGUAUCUGGUUGAUGUUGGAGAUAGAUUAGAGCAAAGGAAUGAGUCUCAAGCAACAACCACGGAGGAACUUGGAGACAAUGAAAAUUGUUCGAGUGUUGGGAUUGGUAACUCAAAUCAAACAACAGAAAUUGUUCCCAAGCUAUGUCGAAAAUCGGGGCGCUUAAAAAAAUCUUCGAAAAUAGAGAAAUCGAAACUGGAAUCUAUUGCUGAUAAAUUCUCAAAUUCAGAAAUGGGUAGCAAAACACCAAGAAGAAAGCGCCGCUCAAAAUCUAUAAAGCUUGCAAACUCCAAUAAUGAUGCCGAGUUGGCAGAAGGAGGAGACACAUUUGUGCUUGUUGUUUCUGACUCCGAUGAUGAUCUACCCCUCAUUCCUGCUCUAAAAUUGAAAAAGCAAUCACCAGUAAUAAAAUCAUCUACUGAAAAAAGGAAGAAGGACAAUAAAACUAAUAAGUCCAAAGCACAUAAUGCUGAUCAAAAAAGGAGCCCAACAAGCUCGAAAAAAUCGAAAACAAAAAUUAAUUCUUGUCCCAUAUGUAAAAUAAAUUUUACCUCAGAUAAAGAAUUAAAGUUACAUAAAGUAUCACAUGCCCAAGAGAAGCCUCAUUCAUGUGAUGUAUGUGGCAAAGCUUUUUUGACAUCUACUGAUGUACUAAGACAUAGUGUUGUCCAUUCCCAAAACAGAAAAACAUUUGUGCCUUGUACACUAUGUCCACGAAAAUUUCUCACUCAGACCAACCUGGAUUUGCAUCUUCGAGUUCAUGCUGGUGAAAGACCAUAUUGUUGUAACAAGUGUAACAUGGGUUUUACUCAACAAGGUCAUUUGAUUGGUCACAUGAAGACUCACUUAGAAAUCAAACCACAUGCUUGCAGUCAAGGAGGAUGUACAAAAACUUUUGCAAGACGAGCUGAUUUAACAAAUCAUAUAAGAACUCAUACAGGAGAAAAACCUUUUUUAUGCACCAUAUGCGGUAAAUGUUUUGCACAGCGAGGCCAUAUGGAAAAUCAUUUCAAAAUUCAUUUAGGUGUCAAACCACAUAAUUGUGAUAUAUGUAGCAAACCUUUUUCGCGGAAAGCGGAUGUAACUAGGCACAUGCGUAUUCACACAGGCGUAAAACCUUAUGUUUGUGAAAUAUGUGGAAGAGGUUUUGCUCAGUCUAGUCAAUAUAAGACUCAUUCUCGUGUACAUACUGGAGCCAAACCAUACUCAUGUGAGAAAUGUCAAAGGCGAUUCACGCAAUCAGCAAAUAGAAAAAAACACAUGAGAAAUUGCAAAAAAAGCGCUAAUACUGAGAAUUGUGAAAAUUCCAAUUCUGGUAUGACUCAGAACACUGAUAAUAUUGACAGUUUUCAAAAACUCUUGAACAUGGAUUUGUUAACUACAAGUGAAAGGUCUUUAAUUAUUGAAGCUUCAUCUAGUUCCAAUGAGAUAGUCGGAACAUAGUUCUGAGUCAGCAAAAAAAUUCAAAUUUGUAUAUAUGUGCCAUAGCAGUUUUCAUGCUUUAUAUAUUUUCUGUGCAAAUGCUUAUCUAUUGUGCAGAGUUCAUGUGCAAAAAAGUAUUAUCAAAUUUCUUUGUAUUUUUCGAUUAUUUAUUUGGGUAUCAUAAUUUCUUGUUAAAAUAUUUAAUUUUGGAGAAGAUUCUUUCCACUCUAAAAUUUGCUGACUAAUUAUGUCAUUAUGUUCAUGUAAAAUAUUAUCCAUAUAAUAUGGAUAACCUUCAGAGUUCAAUAGCACCUUAAAAUACCUAUGGGCAUCAUAGAUGAUGGAAUAGGGCUGGGGGGCUGUUCCGAAAUCACAGUAGCCACUAUCAUGAAAUGUUUGCCCAAAUGCAGUUUCGUGGAAGCGUGACUCCAAACAAUGGUAUAACGAUUUCCUAUUUCAGCAAUUGAAGUUUUGAAUGUAUAAAUUUAAGUUUAUGGAAGUUUAUGAGCUAAAAAGGAUAGUUUUUAUCAUUUGUAUGAAGUAUUAGAAAAUUAUGAAUGUUAAAAAAUAAUUAUAUUUUUAAAGAGCUGGAGCCACUAGCUUCGGCUCCAGCCCAUUUACUCAGUAAGCUUGGCUCUAGGUCCAACUCCCCAGCCCUGGAAAUAUCUGCUCCAUGUUAAAAAGAAUUGAUAAAUUUUGUAGUUAUACAAGUUAUUCAAUUUUCUGCGCAAAUGCUUAUCUAUUGUGCAGAGUUCAUGUGCAAAAAGGUAAUAUCAAAAUUCUUUGUAUUUUUUGAUUAUUUAUUUGGGUGUCAUAAUUUCUUGUUAAAAUAUUUAAUUUUGGCGAAGAUUCUUUCCACUCUAAAAUUUGCUGACUAAUUAUGUCAUUAUGUUCAUGUAAAAUAUUAUCCAUAUAAUAUGGAUAACCUUCAGAGUUCAAUAGCACCUUAAAAUACCUAUGGGCAUCAUAGAUGAUGGAAUAGGGCUGGGGAGCUGUUCCGAAAUCACAGUAGCCACUAUCAUGAAAUGUUUGCCCAAAUGCAGUUUCGUGGAAGCGUGACUCCAAACUAUGGUAUAACGGUUUCCUAUUUCAGCAAUUGAAGUUUUAAAUGUAUAAAUUUCAAUUUUCAAAUUAAUAUUACUGGUAUAAAUUUUUAUUUUUAAAAGUUUAUGAGCUGAAAAGGAUAGUUUUUAUCAUUUGUAUGAAGUAUUAGAAAAUUAUGAAUGUUAAAAAAUAAUUAUAUUUUUAAGAGCUGAAGGCACUUGCUUCGGCUCCAGCCCAAGUUAUUCAAUUUCUCUCUGCAAAGCCAUCCUCAUUGUUUACACAGCAGCUCAAUAUCCCUUAUUAACAGAGGAUGCCAUUCAAUUGAGGAUUAGAUAAUAUGGGGUGUUCAUAAAAUGCAUGACAAUUGCAAUUUGGCUAUGAGGCCAGUUCUCAAAGUAUCUCAGCCAGGUCUGUUCUAUUUCAAUCAAUGUUUGUUUAACCUUUUCUUAAUUCAUUCAAUACGCCUAUGGGGGCCAGAAUACUAUACAUGAUAUCGACAAAUUUCCUUUUUGCAAUUGAAAAUUUUUUAGGACUUCAUGAGCACCCUUGUAUAUCGACCCCCAUUCUUACCUGUAAAGGCAGAAAAACAUAUUUUUCAUAUAAUAGUCUUCUAUUCUAUCAUUUGGAUGAUUUUUUCGUUGUUAAUACUGUUUUAUGAAUUAUUACGAGUAUUGUUGACCAAAAAAAUUCACUGUUAUUCAAUUCAAUAUUUUUUGUUAUCUAGAAUAGCUAAAAUUGUUUUCUUUCUGAAAUAUCAGCUCGUUUUAACUCUAUUUCUAAUUU